AUGAAUGUGAAAAGUCCCCGCAAAGUUGCUUGGAAUCCGUCCUGCUCCUCCCGCUUCUUCACGACGCACCCCAACCUGCAAGAUCACAUCCGUCGCCUUCACAAAUUCAAAAUCCGCGCCGAGCGCCCCAUCAAGUGCGACAUUUGCCAGGCGCGCUUCCUCAUCAACAACGACCUCACGAAACACCUCAAGAACCACCGGCCCCGCGCGGACUUCACCCUCACGUGCCCCCACUGCCCCAUGCUCUUCGCCUGCCCCCACAUCCUGCGCAGACACCUCACCGCGGAACAUGGCGUCCCCCGGGUCACCACGGCCGAGCGGUGUCGCAGGUACAACGAGCGAAGGAAAACCCAAGCGCCACCUGGAGCGCAACCCUUCACGUGUGACAUCUGCCACGUGAGCUACCCGCUCAAAACUGGUCUCACCCACCAUUUGAAGAAGCACCGACCAUGUAGGGACUACACGCUCACGUGUUCCCAUUGUCCCGCCCUGUUCGCCACGCCGAAAGGGUUGAGGUGCCAUUUGACCAAGGAACACGCGGUGCCCAAGGAGAGCAACUCAACGAGGCAGAAAACAUACCACGCGCUGAGAAAACAAGCGCGGGGGGAGAAGAAGGCUGUCGAUAAGGACGACAAAGUGUCUACUAGUGGCCCUCGCCGAUCGUCACCUUCCCGCAGAAAGACCCGUUCAAAACGCCUCAAAAUUGAGCAUAUUCCAGAUGAGGAAAUUGAAAUAAAGGAGGAAGACUGCGUCAUUCGAGAUGUCCUUUCCUCCGAAGGGGACGACGACGACGUCGCAGAUGAAAUGACCAAAUACGACACAAAAGUUGAGAUCAAGUCUGAAGACGAAGAAUCGCACGGUGACCUAGACCUUGACAAUGACCCAGAUUUGUCGCCACUCAGCGAGAUAAAGUCCGAGCAGGAGAGCCACAGCGACAUGGAAAGUGAACACCACGAUUUUAAAAUGCUCACUUUCCACGGCUAUUCCUCAUCGGAAGAUGGUCACAGUGGGGAUGAUGAAGAUCCACUCAAACUGGACGAUAAUGACGAGGAAAAUUAUGACAAUUAG